UCAAUUGUAUUUCUUGUUAAAUAAAAUGAAGAAAGAAGGAAACUCUUUUGCCAAAGUCUUUUGUUCCAGCUUCUUGAUACUCAUCUUUGAGUUCGUCGGGACUGUCGUUCUUACAGUCUUCCAGAGGAUGACUAAUGAGGUCAUUUUCUUGUUCGCUUUCUGGUGGAUCCUUGCUCUCAGCUAUAAUAUCACUGGCGGUCAUUUUAACCCAGCAGUUACAAUUACAUUCAUGCUGAGAAAGGACAAGGGCAAAUUCAACUGGCCACUAGGCUUUGCUUACAUCAUUGUUCAGUUUAUCGGAGCAUUCUGUGGAGCAUUACUUGCAUUCAUGUGGACUCAGGAAGGAGGAAACAUAGUUAUUUCUGACAUAAAAUACACCUUCCAGGCUAUCUUAUCGGAAAUCUUUGCUAGCUUCUUGUUCAUCUUCAUGUUCUUGGUACAGACAGAAGAAGCUACAAGGUUUAGUCAAGACAAAGCUAUCUGGUCCUUGAUUGUAGCAGCUACUUAUGGAACUUGUCUCGAGUUUAAUGAGAAAGUUUCAGGUUCCCUAAACCCUGCUUUUGGAUUAGGAGUUCACCUGACAAUGCUUAUGGACCAUGGCCAUCAUUUCCUCAAGUAUUCUUGGAUAUUCAUUGUCUUUCCAUUCGUUGGAGGUAUCAUCGCUCUCAUUGUGCAUGAAUUUGUGUAUAAGAAGACACAAGAGCUAAUCCAAGAGGAAGAUGAAGAAGAUGAGAAACAAGAAAGUAUUCUUUAG